AUGCUGACACAAGGCGCACUCGCCCGUGCCAUAAAACAGAACGACUGGUUCACAUCAGUCGAUCUGAAAGAUGCUUUCUUUCACAUAAGCAUCUAUCCUCCGCACAGGAAGUUUCUUCGUUUCGCCUACCAGGGCAUAUGUUACGAAUUCACAGUUCUUCCGUUUGGACUCAGUUUGAGUCCCCGAUCUUUCUGUCUGUGCGCGGAGGCGGGCUUAGCACCUCUGAGAAUAUCAGGUCUGAGAAUCCUGACUUAUAUAGACGAUUGGCUCAUCAUAGCCGAAUCAAAGGAGAAGGUGUUGCAGGACACCGACCGUGUGCUCGCGCACAUCACAUCGCUCGGGUUUCAAGUGAAUGUGAGCAAGAGCAAUUUCACGCCCAGUCAGAAUGUCAUUUUCUUGGGCUUGGAGUUGAAUUCGGUCUCCAUGCGAGCGCGCCUCUCUCAAGAGCGCGUUCGCUCUCUGAUGAACUGUCUGACGCAGUUCAGAGAAGGGGCGAAAGUGCAAUAUCGCACAUGUCUCAGGCUACAGGGUCUCAUGGCUUCAUCUACCCAAGUUGUGCCAUUGGGACUUCUGAGGAUGAGGGCGUUCAUGAAAUGGGUCUUGUCACUACAUUUCAGCCCGAUUCGCGACCUUUGCCGCUCGGUAACAGUGACACGCGCCUGCUCGGCGACCUUGCGCCACUGGGAGAGAGAGAACUUUUACGCACGGGGAACCCCUCUGGGGGCGGUCACGAUGCGGAAAGUUGUGACGACAGAUGCGUCCUUGACAGGCUGGGGUGCCACCCAGGAGGGCAGAACGGUGAACGGUCUGUGGCCAAACAGACUACGUUCAGCGCACAUAAACUAUUUAGAGCUUUUAACCAUUUGGAAAGCUCUGAAUCAUUUUCUGCCUCGCCUGCAGGGACAUCACGUUCUAGUACGGUGCGACAAUACCACGGCUGUGGCUUAUAUCAACCGUCAGGGCGGCAUGCGCUCGUCGAAACUCCACGCUCUAGCUUACACUCUGGAGCAGACGGGUUUUCCUGUCGUUACGCGCAACUCACGUUCCGGGCAUUCUGAACAGAGGUGCGGAUCUGCUAUCAAGGGGAAACCCAAUCUACGGAGAAUGGCGUCUUCACCCUCAGAUAGUGGAAAUGCUAUGGAUGAGAUUCGGACGGGCGAGCGUAGAUCUAUUCGCCUCGCGCGAAAACUACCAUUGUCCUAUGUUCUUCUCUCUAAGGGACAUGGACGCGCCCCUCGGGGUAGACGCACUGGUCCACCCAUGGCCCAGAGUGCUCCUGUAUGCUUUUCAUCCCCUGUGCCUGAUAAUUCCCUCAUUGGCCAGGGUGAGAGAGCAGGGCCUGUCUCUCAUUCUGAUAGCACCCAGGUGGCCCAAGGCACCAUGGCUGGCAGAGAUAAUUCCUCUGUUAUACGCCGAGCCGUGGCGCCUUCCCGUUCGCACGGAUCUAUUGUCCCAAGCCAACGGGGAGAUCUACCACCCCCACCCGGACAGGGUGGCUCUCUGGGCCUGGCCCGUGAGAGGACGAACCUGAACGCACUUGGGCUUUCGCCGCGUGUGGUCGCCACUAUUCAGAAUGCCAGGGCCGUCUCUACACGGUCCUUAUAUGGCUGUAAGUGGCACGUGUUCGAAGGGUGGUGCGAUGGGCGCGGUCUCACAUCUUAUCAGUGCUCAGUUCCUGAUAUUUUGUGUUUCCUUCAGGACCUCAUGGAAAAAGGGAGGUCUUUUUCCACCAUUAAGGUCUAUUUGGCUGCGAUUUCAGCCUGUCAUGUGGGUUUUGAGGGCUCUACUGUCGGGCAGCACCCUCUAAUCCGCAGAUUUAUGAAGGGUGCACGCCGCUCGUUGCCAGUCAUCAGGAGAACUGUUCCGGAAUGGGACCUCUCCAUGGUGCUGGAAGCACUGUCUCAACAUCCUUUUGAGCCCCUAGGGAGUAUUUCCCUUAAGCUGCUGUCCUUCAAGACAGCUUUGCUCUUGGCCUUGGCGUCUGCCAAACGUGUCAGUGAGCUACAUGCACUCUCGGUUCACCCCUCGUGCACUAAGUUCUCCCUCAGUGGAGAUAAGGUUUCCCUUAAGCCUAACCCGGCCUUCAUGCCGAAGUGCUUCCCUGCGUUCACUUCGGAGGUGUUGGAGCUGUCCGCUUUUCACCCUCCACCUUUUACCUCUCUGGAGGAUCAGAGGCUGAAUGCUUUGUGUCCAGUCCGUGCUUUACAGGCUUAUAUGACCAGGACCAGCGCUUUCCGGAAGAGCGACCAGCUCUUUGUUUCAUGGGCCCCUCCGCACAGAGGGAGUCCCAUAUCGAAGCAACGCCUCUCACAUUGGGUUGUGGGCGCUAAAACUAUGGCUUAUGAAGCAAAGGGAGUGCAGCCCCCAAGGGGCAUCAGAGCUCAUUCCACAAGGGGCUUAGCCGCCUCUUGGGCUUUGUUUAGGGGAGUGUCACUGCAGGACAUCUGCUCCGCUGCCAGUUGGGCUUCUCCUCAUACCUUUGUGCGUUACUACCGGCUGGAUGUCACCAGAACCUCGGUAGCACAUUCGGUUUUAGGGGUUGGGUCUUCUUAGCUCUUCCCUGUA